AUGGGUCAGGUUUCAAUUAAUGGGCAUUGUUACAAUUAUGUAGCAUAUGGAGGGUUCUGCGAAUACAGCAAACAGUGCAAUUAUCUUGGAAGUAUUUGCUUCCAAAAGCGUUGUGUUUGUCCGCCGGGACAGUUAUACAACGGAAAGCAGUGUAUCAAUGAUCCGAAUAUUCCAAAUGGUAAUUAUGUAUUUUUAUUAAUUGAUUUAGAGAAGUUACAUAUGAAGAAAGACAAAAUGAAAUUAUCUCACUAA